AUGCAACUAUGGCCUAUGAAAACAAAUCCAUGUCUCUGGACUCUCCCCAAAGAAAAUUGGGUUGGGGAAAGAUCGAGGUCAAGCGGAUCGAAAACACAACAAACCGUCAAGUCACCUUCUGCAAAAGGCGCAAUGGGUUGCUCAAGAAGGCCUAUGAACUCUCUCUACUCUGUGAUGCAGAGGUUGCCCUCAUAG